UAAUAAUUAAAAAAAAGAUUAACCGAGCCGGAAGUAAACAAAGUGGACCGCUGUUGGAUACAGUUGCCACGGUAACACUAACAACAACUGUAGCAGCAACAGAUGCCAGUCCAGCUCUCAACAACCAAAAGUUAAUGAUUUCAGCCUUCAGACACACUUUUGAUAUCACAAUUAAAAGGAAAAAAUGGCAUCUAAUUUACAGGCACAACACGAGACGCAGAGCGGAGUUUACACGUUUUCCAGCCGUCCGCGUGCGGUUCCCAACCGCCCCAAAUACAGACAAACCGAUCCGCUGCUAAAUGAAGAACAGAGCAGUUAUGGAAAUAUCAUGUAUGACCGACGUGUUGUCAGAGGAAAUACAUAUGCUCAACAUAUCCUACCCAUUACAUCUCAGCCCGAUCCAGUUGAGAUCCUGAGACAGCAGGAGGCCAGAAGAAGAGCUAUGUCCAGAAAACGGCUGAAGGAGCAGUUUGGCCUGAAAACACCAGAACCACUAGAGGGCAGAAAGAACAUAGAUUUGCAGACAGAGAUGUAUCUGGAAGAGCUGAGCGAUCGUAUAGAGGAAGUCAGCGUGGAAUGCCAAACAGACAUGUUCCUGGACAAACCAGACACUCCCCUCUUCGUCCCAGCCAAAACUGGACGAGAUGCAGCCACACAGAUAGAAGAGGGAGAGCUGUUUGAUUUUGAUGUGGAGGUCCAGCCCGUGCUGCAGGUGUUGGUGGGGAAGACAAUAGAGCAGGCGUUGCUGGAAGUGCUGGAGGAGGAGGAGCUGGCCAACCUGAGGGCCCAGCAGCAGACAUUCAAGGAGAUCCGUGACGCUGAGCUGGUGGAGGUGCAGAGGCUAGAGGAGAGGGAACGCCGUCUCCGUGUGGAGAAGGAGAACCGGAUAAAGCAGCAGAAGGCAGUACUGGAAAAAGAGAAGGAGACAGCAGAUAAAAUUGCUGCGAGAGCAUUUGCUCAACAGUACUUGUCUGACUUGUUGCCCUCAGUUUAUUCCAAUCUGAGGGAUUGUGGCUACUUCUAUGACCCUGUGCAGAGAGAUAUAGAGACCGAAUUCCUCCCUUGGCUGAUGCAAGAGGUCAGCAAUGCUUUAGAACAGAAAUAUGUAGCAAGAACAGUGCUUGACAUGCUCAUUCAAGACGUCACUAACCAAAGAUUUGAGGCCUUUCAGGUGCAAGAAUAAACUCCUUUAUGCGAUAAGAGGUCAUACCAGGAAACCAGAAAGAUGCUGGAAAAUAUUCAAGGGUUCACGCAUUCUUUAUAAAAAUCGAAUUAAUUUUCAUAUUAUUAUAAAUAUAUUAUUCAUAUAUUAUCUGAAUAAAAUUGCGAAAAGAUUGCAAAAUAUGUUAUUUUUAUAUCGCUAUGUUACUAUGUACAAGAACUGCGCUUUGAACUGCAUUUCAAGAACAACACUGUAGGAGGCGCUGCGGAGUCAAAAAUACUGGCCAUUACUCAAGCUAAUAAAAAUCUUGGCCACAUUACUGCUGUAAUGCAGCAGGUGUAUUGUAUGGAAAACUUGUGACCGACUCUAGUUAAUAUUUAGAGCUUGUAAAAGCAGCAUUAUUUGAAGAAUAUAUUAAUGGUUCGUUUUCAUGGCCUCCCCAAAUGUUGUACAGAGGAGUUGUCCUCAAAACACUGACCAUGAUACUGUACUGAGAUGAUGUCAGUCCUUGUUACGACUUCAUAAACUUUAUUAACUAUAUAAAAAGAAUUUUCAGCGGAA